CCGGGCAUGCCGAGGCUCGUUCCCCGUCUGCUUUGACGUAGACACACAGGCACUCACACGCUUAUCUCAAAGAUCUAGCAGCAGUCAGCGCCAGUCUCUGCACAGUUCUCAUUGUACAGUGCAUACCUCGGGUUGAUACCCUCAAAUCUUUGAUAGGGAUCCUUGGCCAACCUCACCUUACAUUUUGAUAUCAUAACUGCAACGUCCACCAAAUCCCGAGUUAUCAUGCCAUGUGCUCGAGCUAUAGGCGUCUAAUUGAGAACGUCAUAUGAUUUUCAUUCCGAGAUUCAUCAAAUUGUCAUUAUUGUUAAUUGUUGAAUCCCAAUGCAAAGAAGAUCAAAGUGAUAGUCUUCAACAUAUCAGCCCUAUCGCGAACUUCAGGGUCGUUCCUAAUCCUAAUACAACCUCUCUUCCCCCAGAUCGAACGAUACCUCGGCCCAUUUGGCUGUUUACUGACAUGACUUGUCCAUUUGAGGGGUCUCGGUUUCUAGACUCUCGGUUACUCUUUUACCGUGCUCCGAAUGGAAUGGAAUUGUCAGUUCCAUUCAGAGUCAGUCCUGUUCUCCCGAGCUCCAGCUGCCCUGAGCAGGGAUGGUACGUAUCUUUUACAUCCUGGUUCAUUCUCCCCAGUUUCCCCAACAGAAACACAAAGAUCGGGAUUCGCCAAGCUUAAGCGGUUCCACAUUCGCCUCCAAGUUCAAAGUUGCAGUUCAAUAUUAGCCAUAUUUCUCCGUCAUCAUCAAUCGAAAAUCAGGCAGAGAAAAAUUCGACCCUUGACCCCCACAGCCAU